AUGGCACUGCUAGGGCUUGAACUUGACCGCUCACCAGUACGGAGAGAGGACACUCCGCCAACCUCGUCGGCAACUUCCCCUCCAGAAACGGCUGGGGAAAUCGUUAAGCAGACGGCAGUUGUCAGUGGCUGCGGACAGGAAUUGUGUUCUAAGGCUGCCGUCAAAAGAAAGACAGGUGUGUCUCGCGUGAGAGAAAAGAGCACUGAAAGCUAUGCGAACUACUAUAAGGGGAACACUCUUCAGCAAUUGCUAAAUGCUACGGAGUACUUUGUUGGGGGUAUUGGCGACCGCAGACGAAGGAGGGAGUUGGGGAAGAAGGAAGCGCCAGAAGAGCCAUCCCCGCGCAAACGCAAACAGACCGCUAAGUCAGUAACAAGCGCAAAAAAGACAUCCGAUAAAAAGUGCACCGAGCGAGAAAAGCAGGGUGAGCCCAAACAGCAGAUCAAAAGCGAGGAGCAAAACGUGGAGCGGAGCGCAGAGGAGACGGUUUGUAGUCCCUGGUUUCUGAACCACGAGACGUCCAACAACGUGAAUAUCACGUGGAGCUUCUUUGACCCAGAAGCAAGUAACAAGCCCAAAGACCUCGAGCUCACCAGCGCCUACACGUUGGUGAAUGAUCGGCUGGACCGAUACGUGACCAAAAAUCCUCAGCUCUCGCCCCGGGAAGUGCAUCUUUUGUAUCCGCUUUUUGACUAUGAAGAAAAAUAUCUGCUCGCAGAAUGCAAGCUCAACGCGUGGUUCAACCCCAUUGCAGAUAUUGCUCGAGUGAUGGAAUUGACCGCCACGGUGUACAUGCCGGAAAAGGCCAGGAAAAAAGUGAUAGAUCUCGAUAACCCCGCAAAUUGUCUAAUCAAGCGGUGGGACGAUGCUGUGAACCGGCACGACGGCGGCCAGCUAGUCCGACUUGUUGAGGAGUAUAACUCGCUGGUGACGAAGCUCAGGAAAAACGGCCAGAUGAUCCAGCACAUACGACAGCGCAAAACGUUCCCGCAACUGCUUGUGCACGAGAUCAUGAACCAGUGCUACUUGCGAGGAGUUCUUCCCGACUACAGAAAGCUCAGGAGUUACAAGGCGUUUUCCAACUACGUGUACGGCGAAUUGAUGCCGUCGUUUCUGAGCAGAGCGUUCAACCAGUGCAAAUUGUCGCACACCAAGGUUUUCAUUGAUUUGGGCUCCGGAGUCGGUAACUGCACCAUCCAGGCGGCAUUGGAGUACGGAUGCGAGAGCUACGGCGUCGAGAUCAUGGACCAUGCGUCGUGGUUGUGCAAGCUUCAGACCGAGGAGUUUGAGAAAAGAUGCGCCAUCUGGGGCGUGAAGCACGGGGCAAUGAAGUUCUUCCUGGGUGAGUCGUUUGUGGACAAUGCGCCCGUUCAGCAGGUUAUCGACCGCAGCGACGUGAUUUUGGUGAAUAACUAUCUUUUCGACUCGGAGCUGUCAAAGAAGGUGAUUGAUCUGUUUUCGAACCUCAAAACAGGCACGCGAAUCAUCAGUCUCAAGCCGAUUGUGCCUCCAGGGUACACGAUAUCGUGGGGCCAUCCGGAGUCGAUUUUGAGCCGGAUGAAGUGCACUCGAUACACGUACGGGGAGAACGACGUGAGUUGGACUUCGAAAGGCGGAUUCUACUACAUCACGGAGGUUCUGCCGCACAUCAAUGAGGAGUAUCUCACGGCGCUGCCUGCGAGGUCACAGCGGACGCGCGGGAACAAGUUAGCGCUGAACGCGUUCACCAACAACGUUUAG